AUGCGCGAUUUCGGGGCCAGCGACGUUGUUCACAACGAGGCGAAUCCCGCGGUGUCCACCAAGGACCCCUUGGACGGCGUGGCCGCGCAAUAUGUUCGGAUUAAGAUGCAGCGACCCCACCCUCGGCUGGGGAAGUACGAGGAAAAGUACAGAUAUGCAAUAAAAGAAAUUAAUAUAUUUGCUGGCAAACUUGAGCCCGCGGUUGGGGACUGCCGCGAGGCCGCCAGCUCCGACGAUGCGCGAGACAAAUAUUUCAUAUAUUAUGUUUCUGGGUUUGAUGAGGACUUUGCGCGAAAAACGACGACACUGGGAGUAGACGUGAUUGCAAAGAGAAAAAGCCUUGAAGAAAUCUCCGGAAAACUCGAAGAACUCUUCGCCGAAAUGGACGACUGCCGAGAGGAGAAAAUUCAGCAGAGGCAGCGCAUCAAGGCCUUAAGAGCAACGGCUGGCCGUUUAAUGGCCAACUUCCAGCUAGUUGCAGGAAGGGCAAAAGCGUACUCCAUUAUGCAACUACUGCCAGGUAGGCAGUGCCACAAGGGAUCUUUUUCCUCAUCUCGCCACUCACUUUCCCGCAAUUUCUGCAGGCGACUCCGCAGAACACCCCGCAAUGGACUGUUACUGGGCGAAGUCGAAGAUCCCUGA